AUGAGACUACAGGAGCAGGUCGGGCAGCUGAAAGCGGCAAACCGGUUUCACGAAGAAACGAUCAAGGCGCUACGAACAGCUUUGCGGGCGUUCCAUGACACCCAUUCUUCUUCCUCCAGCAGUGACAGAUCGUCAACUGUAGUUGGGCCCACAGCAAAUCUGAUUGAGGCUUCUACAGCAAUACAGACCGAUUACGCCGUUGAGACACUGCUUCGAAAUCCUCAGAAUCCUCAGAAUUCUCAAGAAACCACCACACAUGCAGGAACCUGGUACGAAGAGGAUGGGCCUUAA